AUGGCAAAAUUCUUACAAGAGACAUUGGUUAAAACGAAAGGCUCUGGUCCUAGUCCUCAGACUGGUCUGACUUUGAAUCAAUUUCAUGAUUUACUCAAGCAGGUUCGUGAAUCCGGCCGACUGGCUGAUCCUAAAGAUAUUGCUCGAUUUUCUGCGUUGUUUGAAGAUAAUGUCACGCUUGAGUCACUUGACAGAAAGCACCUCAAGGCAUUGUGCUCACUUUUGGAAGUCUCUUCGAUAGGACCCAGUCGGCUCCUUCGCUUUCAACUUGGCUUGCGAGUCAGACAACUUAAAGCAGAAGACUUGCUUGUCCGCAAGGAAGGUGUGGAUAAAAUACCUCCUUGGGAACUUCAAAGCCUUUGUCGUGAACGGGGUAUGCGUGCAAUAGGUAUGACUGAGGAACGGUUACGGACCCAACUUCGUCAAUGGCUGGAGCUUCACUUAGAGAAGAAUGUUCCGAUUACCCUUCUGUUAAUUUCGCGUGUUAUGUAUCUCACAGAAACUUUGCUUCCGGAUGCACAACAACUACAGCUGGUGAUAGCUAAGCUCCCCAAAGCUGUUUCAGAACAGGUUGUUAUCAAUGUGGUAGAGGCCUCUUCUCCGGAUGCCCUCGACGUGCACACUAAGAUUGAAAUUCUGAAACAAGAGCAAAAGAAUAUUAAGGAAGAGCGAAAGGCUAAAUUAGCGGAAGCUGCGGAAGAAGCUAUGAUCGCAUCUGCUUCGGCAUCUAAGCUGAAAAUACAUACUAAUUUAGAACUUUCUGACAAAGCACCACUCCUGAAAGGCUUAAAGGAUGAAGUACUUGCCAAUGCUGAAACUAAUGAAUCCCGAGAAAUUGCAGAUUCGGCCUCCAAUGUUGCACCACUUGCUGGUGCUCGUCAGACUAUACUUGCUGGUCAUGAAAUCGGUCCUGGGGCCGCAAGUUCAUUGCCCAAAUUAAAAUUAAAGGAUGAGCUGGAGCCCGUU